AUGUCUUCUUCCAGUUCUACACAUUCUCAAUCACCAACCGAACUUUCGGAUCGAGUGAGUGGAGGAGGGGAAGAAUCUAUGCUUCAUCCUAUAGCAUGUUUGGUUUGCCGUAAAGGACAUAGAAAAUGUGAUCGAGCACUUCCUGGAUGCAUGCAAUGCAAACUCAAAGGGAAAGAAUGCCGUUAUCCAGAACCCAUGAAACGAGGACCUCCUAAAACUGCCAUGCAACCCUAUCCUUCCACGACUACUACUACUACGAGUGAUUCUUCUUCACCCGUAAAUGGAAAAAUAGCACCAUCGGGAGGAGAGAAUUCUCUGGCAAGUGUUCAAGAAGAACAACCCAUUAACUUUCAAAUUGUGGACAUGUAUUUUGAUAUCAUCAGUUUGGGAUGUCCAAUUCUUCAACGAUCCGUCAUGAUGGACAUUGUUUCAAAAAAUCCUCUCGGUAACAACAAUGCUCCAGAAGAAGUUGCUCUCAUGUACGCAAUUCAAGCCAAUUGCUAUCAACGACUAGGAAGAAAGAUUGAAGGAAGAACUGCCUUUAAUACCUCUCGAAAAUAUUUGGCACAAGUGUUUGAUAUUUUGGAUAAUUUUGCAAUUGCAGGAACGUUCAUGUAUUUGGCAUCCUUUUGCAUGGGAGAAGCAGAAUUUAAUCAAUCUAGAUAUUAUUUGGGUAGUGUUCAAUUUUUUGUAACACAGAACAAGCAAAGAUUGAAAGAUAACUUACACUUUAUUCAUCUGUGCAAGAUAUUCAUGUAUCUCCAAUUGAUAUUAGAAGAAGAAGAAGCAUUGGAUAUGCUCAAUGAGGACAUGAAAAAUUCUGACCAAUUACAUGCAAAUGUGGUCACGACUGAGAAACUCACAUUACAAGUGUUCCAUUUCAAGAAAAUGAUCGAUUUUUUCAUGUUCAUUACACAGAAUAUUAGCGAUGGUCAGUGUGGAUCAAGUUCCAAUAAUACGAUUCCACCUCCUCAAUUUUCUUCUGCAGAGGACGAACAAAUGAUGCAGAGCCAUUGGCAAUUGAUUUAUGGUAUUCCAACUCAGUUCAACAGAAGUCGUUCAGAAGCGUCAAGCACCAUACGACAAGUCACCAAGCUCAUGUACUUGCUCAUGAUUGAUGGUGUUCGAUUGGGAAUAUUAACAAAAUCACAAGCACAAUCAGAUGAUAUUGUUAUUGAAACAGCUAAUCGAAUUUCUGAUUUCACAACCCUUUCCUACUUUUCGUAUAUGCCACCACAUGUCUCUGUAACUAUCCUAAAUGCUGCUCGUAUUCACCUCUCAUUGAUUAAGCAAAUUCAACGAGGAGAACGUGCAAACAAUGGAGUUGAUUAUUAUGAAUAUUUAAAAAAGGAUCAAAGGGCUCUAAAUCUCAUGGCAGAACGAUUUACAAUUGCUGAGAAAAGAUUCAAGUAUAUUCUUCCAAUGAUUAAUGAGGAACUCAUGAAACGAGAUCAACAAAUUGAACAACAAAUUCACACAAUGAUUGGUACUAAUCCAGCAGACCAACUACAGAAUCAAUUAUUGGCUAUUAUUCCUGAGGACAUCCAAGCCAUUUCUCAACUACACGAUAUUAUUGGUGCCAAAGAUGUUGAACUCAACAUGAAUGUUAAUUCGUACACAGAUGUCGCUCGAUCCUCUCUCAACAUUCAUACGGUGCCUGACUCUAUGGGUCAUGAGAAUCCAUUUGUAAUGUUUCUUGGUCCAAAUUUUGACAUUAGCCAAGUAACAAUUAGCCCUUUGAGUAAGGAAAACUUCUAUUCUGACCCACAACAAUACGAUCCCAACAACUUGUAA